CUAACUAGUGAGGUGUUAUAUGUAUGAGCAAUUAGGAAAAAGAGCUUAAUCCCAUAUUCUUUGCUUAAUUGUCUCAUUUUUAGUUAGCCCCUCUUCUUUCCAUGUCCCACCUUUUUUUUCUCCCCCCAAAACCAUAUUUUAUACAAUUAUAUUUAUUUAUAACCUAUGCUUUUCAUUCACCUUAUUUCUCUUUGCUUCUUCGUUCUCCUUUUGAACAACAACAACAACAACAAAAUUUAGUAGAGGAGAAAAGAGCUAAAGAGUUUGAUGAUGAUAGCUUCAUUAAUGACAACAAAAACUCUCCUUCUACUCCUUAAUUGUCUUGUAAUCAUAGAAUUAAUCAGUCAUCUUAUGUUGAUUGAAGUUUACGGGGCUAAUAAUAAUAAUCUUCGUAACGAUGAUCAUCAUGAUUUUAUUAGAAGAAAAAUGCAGGCUAUUAAGGAUUCUAUUUCUUCACCACCUUCCUCAUUAAUCUCUCCUUCUCCUACUCUCGCUCCCUCCUCCUCGGGUACGGUAGGGAGCACCCUUGUUUAUCACGUGUCGACGUAUGGGGCGGAUCCAACGGGGAAGAGUGAUAGUACGGAAGCAUUAAUGAAGGUGCUUUCGGAUGCUAGUAAGAGUAUAAGCAAUGGUGUGUUAAUAGAUGGGAUUAGUAAUCUUGGUGGUGUACAAAUUAAUCUUGAUGGUGGGAUUUACUUAAUUAGUCGUCCUCUCCAAUUUCCUACUACCAACAUUGGUAAUAUUGUGAUGCAUGGAGGAACUCUAUUAGCAUCAGACAAUUUUGCAACGGAUCGAUAUCUUAUUGAACUUUCAGCAUCACCCCCUUCUCAAAUCAGCAAAGAAAACACAACUUCUUCAACAGAUCAAAACCUUAGCAGCUCAUCCUACAACUUUGAGUACAUAACAUUCAGAGACCUUAUGUUAGAUUGCAACUAUAAAGGCGGUGGCAUUGCUGUUAUAAAUACUCUUAGAGUUAGCAUAGAUAAUUGUUACAUUGUUCAUUUUAUGUCCGAGGGCAUUCGAGUUGAGAGUGGACACGAAACUCUGAUCCGAAGUUCCUACUUGGGACAACACAUUACAGCCGGGAAUGAUCCGGGUGAAAGAAACUUCACAGGCACAGCAAUAACCCUUAUGGGAAACGACAACGUUGUGAAUGAUGUCGUAAUAUUUUCAGCUAAUACAGGGAUUAUAGUAUCAGGGCAAGCUAACCUUCUGUCCGGGGUGCAUUGCUAUAACAAAGCAACAGGGUUUGGAGGAACCGGAAUCUAUCUGAAGUUGGCUGGUCUAACCCAAACAAGGAUCGUAAAUUCUUACUUGGAUUAUACCGGCAUUGUAGCAGAAGAUCCGGUACAACUUAUUAUUUCUAACAACUUCUUCCUAGGAGAUGCAUACAUUAAGUUUAAGUCUGUCAAGGGUGUUGCAAAUGGUGUCAAUAUCGUCGACAACAUCUUUGCAGGGUCCGGAAAUGGAAUUGACAUUGUACAAUUAGAUGGUCCCUUUGGAGAUGUUGAUCAAAUUCUAAUUGAUCGGAAUAGUGUCAAAGGGAUGAAUGCUAAGGCUACCAUAGCAAAGUCAGCAGUUCAAGGGAAUGGAAGCACCUACACUGCAGAUUUUAAUGGGAUUCUUUUGUUUCCAAAUCUCAUAAAACAUGUGCAAUACACGUUAAGUACAAGUGGGAAUGCCUUCCCUAAUUACGCUUUGCGUAAUGUGUCGCAGAAUCGGGUGGUUAUCGAGUCGAGUGUGGCUGCUCCUACAAGUGUUUAUGUCAUGGUUGAUCAAGGAUUUGGAGGUUGAUUGUAGUACCUAAUUGUUAUCUUUGGUACCGGAAAAGCCAUCAAUUUUGUUGGCUGAGUAUCAAUUAGGCUCCCAUAGUCUAGUUCAAAACAAAAAGUAUCAUUAGAUGUGGUCACUACAUCACGAGUCAUCGUUAUGCGCGAUCAAGAGUAUAAAACUGUAUUUUCUGAGCUCUUUACAAAAAAUUGUACUUAAAGAGAUGCACAUAAAUGGAAGAACUAUGGGAAGAAGCCAAGGCAUGGAGGAUUUUGUCACUAGUGGAUUUUAAGUGAGGAUUAAGGCAACCUUACUUCUUGUUUAGUUACUUCUAUAUAACAUUUAAUCACAUUCGAAACGCCUUUAUCAUGUAGAAAACACAAGAAAAAUUGUAAUGAAAUGAAAGCAUUAAUUUUCUGAGAAGUAUAGGCAAUUCAACAUAGUGAAAACAUUUUUCAACCAUCUCAAAAAAAA